AUGGGACGCAGUGUUUGUCUCGCUCCUGAACUAUCUUACAUCGAUAGCAGUCGCCAGUUCUGCUGUGAAAUUGUCAGUCAGCUCGACAACGAACCAGCUAAACAAAUUCCUGAGUCAAAGCCAGCAACAGUAUCUCAUCCCCAGAUCUGUCCUCAAGAUGAAUCAAACCGUGCCCAUGUCAGCUUCACGCUGUUCAAACCCCUCAGCAUGAGUAACAAGCCUGUGUCCCAUGUCUACGGUUUGAUCAACCUGUUGCUUGUAAAGCGACAAAGACGGGAUUUUAUUGGACCCAGGUCACCACUGUCUCCAUUUACGCUAGCAGGUGAGAAAUGAAGAAAAAUCUGAGCCGCUCCUAACAUCUUGAGAGUCCGGGUUCGAGGGGGAAGUGAAAAGGUUACCAGGUACAUCAUAAAAAAAAAUGAAACCAGAGAGAAACAAUAAUCCUCCAACUUUAACAAACCUUCCUCCUGUAUCGAGUGCAAUACACAGAUAAAGUAGAAAUUUAUUGUCCGUAAUCGUCUGUCGAAGGUCCUCAGAACCCGGCUACAGCGCCAUAGGCGAAACUGGUUUGGCCCCAGGCCUUGCCUGAAUUUAUCUCUGUUGUCGGGUGAAUAUUAUUCUGAGUUCAACUACUUGCAAAGCGUGAAAUUGUAAAGGUAGUGUUCGAAAGCACCUGAUUUUACCCAAAAUCUCGUUAAAGAAGAAUGCGCCGUGUUCAAUGCGCAGACAUUCUUUUGAAGUCUUUCCUAAGUUUUGUUGACUUUUUGUUAUAUCUUUGCAUUGUCACAGGUCCUCUGAACCACAUCCCUCCAUACAGCACCGUGAUGGACCUGGCACUAGCACAGCGCCAAAGGCGAGAUCUCAUCGGCCCCAGGCCUGCUUUGAAUCAAUUCCUGUUUGCAGGUGAUUAG